UGUCGUUUGUUGCUUUCUUCGAAAUAAAAUUUUAUACAAAUUACCCAAUCAUUAAAAUGAGGGAACAAGACGAUGAUGGCAAUAUACCAAUUCAUAAGCGGCCAGUUUUACCAGACCGGGUACUACAAAAAUGGGAAAAAUGGAUUCAAAUAAGAAAAGAUGAGGCAAUUUCGCUUGGGAAGAGACUGCAUAAACCACCUGCGGAUCUAACAAUGAAUUUACUUGACAAAGUUCGUCAUGAUAAAGAACGCAAAAUAGCAUUGGAACAUGCUCAGAUUGAAAGAAAAACUGGUGUAAGGGGAUCUUUAUGGGAACGACCCCAAAAGCUGAAGCAAAGAUGUCCUUGUGAGCCAACCUAUGAGCUUCAUAGAACAGCUGCUGAGAAAGGUCGUCCAAGGAUAUUGGAACAUGUUGGAGUUCCUGAUUACAUUCAGCAAACCGAAAUGGGAAUAAUCGGCGAGUCUGUCCGUAAUCCUUGCACUCAUUUAAACGCUGAGUAUGAAAUGUACAGAGAUUACCGUGAAGGACAGCUUACUGAGAAGUUGAAGAAAAUUGACCCUUUCAGGCCAGAUAUAGACAAUUUAAUAGUCAGGGGCAGAACUCCUUCACCACCACCCAAAAAAUACCCUGUACUUCCAGAAAUUGUUAUUAAAGAUGAUGAUGAUCUUCCUGGAGAACCACUUAAUGCAGUAUAUGCUUUAAAAAUCAAUAAUACAGUAUUCUACAGGCCAGUGCCUGGACACGGUCUUUUUCACGUUCCAAAGUUCCAAGAAGAUGAAAAUCAUGAGGAAUGCUCUACUUGGACCUAUUAUUUUAAUGUCCCUGCCAAAAGAGCUGGUAGGUGCAAGCUGACUAUGGAGAAUCUUGGAACCGUAACUAUAAGGUACUGUUGGAAAAAAAUCAAACGAAAUAUACCUUUCAUACCUGAAGAUACAUACGAACAAGUAUUCUUUUUUAAUAAAAAUGAAGACAUAAUAUCGCCUGGUCAGACUAAAGAAAUAGCUUUCACAUUUAUAGCUGACAAAGCUGGUAUUUACAGCGAAUUCUGGGAAAUAAGUUUGUGUAAUAUACAAUUUUUUAAUAAAAUGACCAUAAACUUGUACGCUGACGCGGUUGAAAACGUGAAGAUGAUAAAUAAAAAAGUUCGGGCUCUCAAAAAAGAGAUUAACAAGAAGGCGACGCUUAACAUGGCAAUUAGUUUUAUUGAGACAGCACUCGAUAACGUUUUCGAACCAUCGCCACAAUUUGAACCGUACCCGUAUAAGAAAUACUUUGUGGAAUCAGAACUCUUUGUUUUACGUAAUCCAAUGUGCUAUUAUCAUCAAACAGAAGUGGGCAAAAUGAAAGAACUGUACACAGAAAUGCUGCCAGAUAAAGAAUGGGACCUAUCGAUAUCUACUUGGAGAGAGGUGAUGAUGGCAAAAGAUUACGAAGAUAGAAUGAAAUAUUAUCAGUUGCUGCGUCUAUCUCACUCGGAAUGCUUGAAACCUUGGACUGAGGGCGAUGGUGUAGAGAAAGAAAAAUUCCGUACAAUACAAUGUUUGUUUGGACAAUUUCUUGAUUUGUUCGAUUGGGAAUUUACUCGUAUUACAAACUCUUUUGUUUUUAAGCCACCAGAAACCAGAUCAUCGUUGCGUAGGCCUAAAAGUAAAACUAUUGCUAUUGAUCCGAUUACUGCCCAAAUGUUACGAAAUGUUUUUUACUUGAGGAUGUACGAACAUUUCUCCUGUUUCAUAGAGUUGUGUGCUGGAGUACUGAGCAGCUUAGAUUUGAACAGAUGGAUCGAAUUUGAUUUCUGUCGUCAUCUUGAUUAGGUGUUAUUUGAC